AUGGCAUCCGACAUGGAAAUUAUUGAGACAUCGCCCCCGGCCCGGGGCAAGCUGCGCGUUGUCGCGACAAUGCUUGCGCUUUCGCUGUCCAUGCUGGUCGCUGCUCUUGAUCAGACUAUUGUGGCGACAGCAAUCCCUACAAUCGCUGCUAAAUUGCACUCUGCUGCCGGUUACACAUGGAUCGGUGGCGCUUAUUUGCUCGCGAAUGCGGCUGGCUCGUGCAUCUGGGUCAAACUAUCGGAUAUCUGGGGACGCAAGCCGAUUCUUCUGAUUGCGGUAGCUUGGUUCUUUGUUGGAUCCAUUAUUUGCGCGGUUGCCGUGAAUAUGCCAAUGCUGAUUGCCGGCCGUGCCCUACAAGGUGUCGCUGGCGGUGGUCUCAUCCAGCUCAACACGAUCGUCAUUUCAGAUCUCUUUAGUGUUCGCCAUCGAAGUCUAUACCUGGGUUUGAUGGAGUUCAUAUGGGCAUUCGCCGGUGGUAUCGGUCCACUCCUCGGUGGCGCGUUCUCGGAGUAUGUUACUUGGCGCUGGAACUUCUGGAUCAAUCUUCCUGUCUCUGGCAUCGCCUUCCUUUUGCUCGUCUUCUUCUUGGAUGUGCAUAAUCCUAAGACCAGGAUGAUGGAAGGUGUACGGGCCAUCGAUUGGUUCGGUAGCUUGUCCAUGCUGGGCCUCACGCUGAUGUUGCUGCUGGGUCUCGAUUUUGGUGGAGGAACUUUCGCCUGGAGCUCGUCACAAGUCAUUUGCCUGAUCGUUUUCGGAUCUCUUUGCUCUCUAUUAUUUAUCUUCAGCGAGACACGACUGGCGAAGUACCCGCUCAUGCCCAUGAACAUAUUCUCGAAGAUUUCUAACAUCGCUACUCUUGCUGCGGCUUUUGCACAUGGCUUCGUUUUCAUCGCAGGCGAAUAUUAUAUUCCCCUCUACUUGCAAUCCGUGAAGGGUGCCUCGCCUCUGAGGUCAGGCGUGUUGCUCUUACCACUUUCACUUGCCGAGGCAUGCUCUGGCAUUGUCACAGGCCUAGUCAUUCACAAGACCGGUAGAUAUUUGGAGCUUGUCUGGGCUGGUUUCUUGUUGAUGACCAUCGGAAAUGGUCUGUACAUCCACCUUGGCGUGGGAUCGUCCCUCGGCGAAAUCGUUGGAUACCAGAUCAUCGGCGGUGUCGGCGCCGGAUUCCUCUUCCAAACACCCAUCAUCGCCAUCCAAGCGAUGGUCUCUCAGGAGGAGACCGCCACAGCAACCGCCACCCUUGGAUUCAUCCGCAACAUGGCUACCGCGUGCUCGAUUGUCCUCGGAGGUGUUGUCUUUCAGAACAGCAUGAGUGAGAUGAAGGGUAGUCUCUUGGCAUCCGGAAUGUCUGAAAGCCUCGCCGAGCAGAUGUCUGGUUCUUCUGCAGCGGCCAACAUCGAGAUUAUCAAGGAAAUCACCAACGUAACACAGCUGCAAGCUGUGAGAGAGGCCUUUGCGUGGAGCACGCGGAAUAUGUGGAUUCUCUAUACGUGCAUGUCGGCUAUUGGCCUUCUCGCCUCUGGAUUUAUCGCGAAAGCACAUCUGAACAAGGAGCACGUAGAAACCAUCACUGGUCUGAGCCAGGAGAAGCGAUCGGCAGUUACAGAUGCCCAGCCUGUUGCUGGAUAG